AUGGACAGGAAGGCUGCUGCGAUACAUGGCAAACUUGCGAAGAUGACACUGGUUGUACCGACCCUUCGUGACACUACAAUAACGAUUACUGUUACGAGCUGGGCUACGGUCUAUACGACCUCAACCGCCUUUAGUACCAUAUACACAACUUCGGUCUAUGCCACAUCGGUCUAUUCGACUGUCUAUGCUACUGCUUCAAAUGUUCGGACCGCAACCGAUAUCGUUUAUGUUACUGUUCCCGCGAAUAGCAGGCACCGCCGUACAAUCGAGCAAGCAGAAGAAACCAAUGAAGCACAGCCCAUGAGCAAUAUGAUGAGCAGUAUGAGGCAUUCACUCCUCGGGCUCGACUCAACCCCUACCGCCGGUAUUCAAGCUCCAGUGAUGACGCUCCUGUCCUACCCAGAAUUCGAUCUCGUGGCCCGGGACUUGGAGGCCCUAGGUGUGAUCGUCAAGCGUCAAAGCACUAUUACAUACACCACUACGACCUACACUUCUGCAACGACGACGGUGCAAGCAGUCAGCACCUCUACGCUGGUUCAAACUGUCCAUAUUACGUCGACUGCAAAUGUCGUCCUCACGAGCACCACAUAUCUAGAUGCACAGGAGACGAUCAAGGUGACGUCUACCGUUACGGCCAGCGCAGCUGCUAGAACUACUGGUGAAUCCAGCGGAACCUCCAACCCUUCCAUAACGAACGAUGCCAACGAGGAGACUCCCACCUCAUCAGGACCGUCUUCAUCUACCAGCAUUGGUGGCGGUAGCGGCGGAGGGCUGUCUACAGGGGCAGAGGUCGGCAUUGGGGUCGGGACAGCUGGCGGGUCAUCGAUCAUCUGCAUCAUCCUCAUUUUAUUCUGGCGACGUCACCGUCGCACCCAGAAAGACGCUCAAGAUCCCUCCCCCGGAACAGUCAUUGCCAACAAUCCACAGGCAAGUAGCUCGAGCACUGGCUAUGGGGUCCAUUCAUCGCCUUAUUCGUACGAGCCCAUCAACAGACCAAGUGAACCAGCCGAAGCCCCAGCGCACGAAGAACCGACAGUGCAGUACCAGCCACCACAACGCCCGCCGCUGCAGUUCCAGUAUGCUCCGUACGAGUUGUAUGACGAGCUUCCGCAAGAGUUGUAUCAUUCACGGUAUGAACAGGGAUUGCAGGCGUCGAAGGCUUGA